AUGCCGUCUUCAGGCCCCGCUUCCUGCAUGUCUCCCAACCCGGACAGGGAGAACCCAAGUAAGAAGGUCCAGUGGGCUUCUGGGAAGAGAAGGACAUCAUCCACAGACUCAGAGUCAAGGUCCCACUCUGACUCCUCCAAAGCGUCCAGGUCCCGGAGACCCAGCCGGCUGACUGUGAAGUAUGACCGGGGGCAGCUCCAGCGCUGGCUGGACGUGGAGCACUGGGUGGACGCACAGGUUCAGCAGCUCUUUCAGGAUCACCAGCCCUCUUCUGAGCCUGAUGACCUGGAGGCUCUCAUGGAACUAUCCACGGAGGAACAUAGACUCAGCUGGAGGGCCAUUCUCCAAACCAACUGCCCCCACCCCACAGAGUCCUUUAUCUCUGAGCUGCUCAGUGAACUCAAGAAACUCCGGAGACUCAGUCGGCCUCAGAAAUAAGCAUUGUAAAACUACCUUCACCAGCCUCAGCCUUCCUCACCCCUCUGGAUCCUGGGACCGUGGAGAGGGAAAUAGCUCCUUGAGUCACAGACAAGGAAAAUGGAUAUGAGGAGGAACAUUGGGACAC